UUGUGCUUCUCUUGUAAAAAGGCACUGUAAAUGAAUCCCUUACUGUCGACCUCUUGCCAAACAGGCUGAGGGCCCCAAUCGUGCUCUACAAGCAAUCCUUCGCUCCUCUGCAGCUCGGUAACAUUACAAGGGGUCCCGAAAAAAUUGAAAACUUCCAGGACGUGUCUCAGACGAUUGUACUGGUGCCGGUAGAUCAGGAAUAGGGCUAAACUAGUUAGAGAUAUUAGAAUAAGUAUUAGACGUUGAAAUUUUUUCAUUUUUUAAACAUUUUAUGGAAAAAUAAUUUGUAAACAAAAACUUGGAUGGUUUUGUGAGGUUAGAUCUUGACGGAUCUGCGGUGUUGCCGAUACCUUGUUUUCAAAAUCUGUGACAAAUUCUCAAAAAACAAUAAUAUUCCUUCCUAAUCGCUAUUUCGACUUUUAAAAAAAAAAUACAGGGAAGAUUGAGAAUAAGCCUCUGUUUAGUCCUCAUUGGAACACCCUGUAUACAUUUAUAAUUUGAAAUUCAGAACAGUAGAUCUGGCAACAGAGCAUUAAGAGUAAAGUAUGUUGAUUUUAUUCAUUAUGUUGGUAGAUGGCACUGUAACAAAUGUGUUAUAUUGUGUCUCUUUCCAAUAGCUUGAAUUAAAAAGAAAUAAGUAUAACCGCCAAGGUCAAUAAUCAGCUGUAGAUGUAAAUGUCAAACACAAAUGGUCUUUAAAAAAAAUUAAAAGAGUUUUGUGUAUGUAUGCAUAAAAUAAUAUUAAUAAAAAUUCUAUUUUUAUGAUAAAUAAAUGAUUAUAGCUUAUAAAAAAUAAUUAAGAAAAUGGCACAUAGCUGAAACCGGACUAUGAACAUAGUAUUUAAUUCACAAGCUCCCGAAUAAAACGAGACAAAUCCUUAUGCCAGGUAGUCCAAGCAGAGAAUCGGGCGUAGUAAGCGACUGCGACACCAUGGCUGAACUAGCUGCACUGCUCCGUUCCGAAAUCCCUGAGGGGCGUAGCAACCUCACCGACAACCACACCAAUCUUCAGAGGGUGGCCGAAUAUUGCGAAGCCAACUAUUUUCAGACCGACAACAAACGGGGGGCCCUCGAGGAAACCAAAAAUUAUACCACUCAGUCUUUGGCUAGCGUUGCUUAUCAAAUUAAUACUUUGGCUUAUAAUUUUUUGCAGUUGCUUGAGAUGCAGUCUGCCCAACUGGCCGAAAUGGAAAGCCAAAUGAACCACAUAUCUCAAACUGUCAUGAUCCACAAGGAGAAAGUGGCUCGCAGAGAAAUAGGAGUUUUAACAGCCAACAAAAGCACCAACAGACAAUAUAAAAUCAUUGCCCCGGCUAAUCCAGAGAAACCGAUUAAAUAUUUGAGAAAACCCAUUGAUUAUACAAUAUUUGAUGACAUUGGCCACGGUGUCAGAAGUGGUGGAACUCCAAGACAGAAACAAAGAGGCUCUAGCUCUGGAAGUAUUCAUUCAGUAAACUCCAUGCCUGGCAAUCCAGGAAACCCUCUUGUGGGGCCUGCACCCACUACAAAACCACCUACACCGCCUCAAGUGUCAAGAACUUCUAGCAAAGUAUCUGUCUCUGGUGGUACAUUGUCUAAAAGCAGCAGAGAGUAUCGUACACCACCAGCUGUUGCACCACCUCAAGUACCAAGUCAUUAUGCUCCUAAUUAUCCCAUGGGACAUCCUAGACGGGAACGAGGACCUGGUUAUAGUGCUUUGCCUAUUACCAAUUCUCAAACGCAACCACAGGUUGGUAUGGUUCAUCCAAUGACGCAACAAAGUCAACAAAACGUCAUACAACCUCAAACGCCUCCUCCACCGCCACCGCCCAAUUCAGGAAGUUACGGUGCUCACGAUUUGCAUAACAUGCCUCCACCUCCAUCUCCCUUAAUAAACUCGCAAGAAAUGGUUCUGAGUUCCAACCAGCACCAUCCUAUGAUGAUGGGGGGUCACCAUAAUCCGGUGCCUCAUGGUAGUCUUGGAAUGCACACCUUGUCUCAUGCUCAGGGGCAUAGGAUGAGUCAGGCAUUACAACAACAACUGGCUGCUUCGAGAAACAGUGGAUCCCAAUCGCCUCCAUUGCCGCCUCCACCGCCACCAGAGGAUGAACAUGAAGCGUUUGGGCGUCCCAGGACUUCUUCAGGGGUAAUGCCCAUUGUGCCGGACGAAGAUGAUUUACCUGGAUGGGUGCCAAAAAAUUAUAUAGAAAAAGUUGUUGCAAUAUAUGAUUACUAUGCGGAUAAAGAUGACGAAUUGAGUUUCCAAGAGAGCUCGGUUAUUUACGUUUUAAAGAAAAACGAUGACGGAUGGUGGGAGGGAGUAAUGGAUGGUAUAACUGGUUUGUUUCCAGGAAACUAUGUUGAGCCCUGUGUUUGAAUUGCUUCGCAAAUUGGAACUUUUAGCUUUAAAUUACAACUUUUCAGUUUUAGGGGUUAAUUUAUUAUUAUUCUUUAAAGUACAAAAGUCACUUUCCGAGAUGCAUUAAAUUUAGUUCUCUUUGUAUUUAUAUGCCUAAUAUGUUUUUUAUGAAUUUAUUAGUGAAGUAGUAAUAUGACUUUUAUUAAGAUAGUCAUAAUUUUUUUGAAAAAUUUGUUUAAAUAGGUAGGCAAUUUUUUUCAAGAAAAUUAGAUCUAGUGAAAUAUAAUAUAUGGUACAAGAUAUUACAAAUUUUAGUUUAUUGCUUAGAUAAAAAAUAAAAU